AUGUCACUCAAAAUAAACGACACUAUCGAGCUCCCCAAUAACAGCGCGCGCAUUCCGCGUCUGGGUUUUGGUGUCUACCGCUCCCCGCCAAACCAAUGCGUUCAGUCUGUCCUGAAAGCAUUAGAGGUCGGCUACCGACACAUCGAUACUGCGCAGUUCUACGCCAAUGAAUCCGAGGUCGGUGAGGCCCUCCGCAGCAGCAGUGUACCCCGCGAGGAGGUAUUUGUAACCUCUAAGAUUUUGAGUCCCGCGGGCUCGCUCGAGGCAACCUACGAUAAACUCCUAGCUAGCGUGGAGCAGAUUGGCGGACCCGGCGGAUAUGUUGAUUUGUUCCUAAUUCACAGCUCCAAAUCCGGUUUUUCGGGACGAAAGCACCUGUGGCAGGCGUUGGAGAAACUCUACGAAGAGGGUCGGACGAAGAGCAUUGGAGUAAGCAAUUUUGGUGUGCAGCAUAUCGAGGAAAUGCGCUCGUACGCCAAAGUCUGGCCACCACAUGUGAAUCAACUUGAGCUCCACCCUUGGUGCCAGCAGCGGACAAUCGCCGAGUACAACAAAUCGCAUAAAAUCGUGAGCGAAGCCUACUCCCCAAUUGUGCGCAAUUAUAAAGCCAGUGAUCCCAUCCUUGUGGAGAUCGCGACGAAGUACAACAAGUCAACACAGCAGGUGUUGAUCCGCUAUGCGUUGCAGAAGGGUUGGGUACCACUUCCCAAGACCGACAACCCAGAUCGCAUUGCCGCGAAUGCCGAUGUCUUUGACUUCGAGAUUAAUGAAGAGGACUUCGGUGUUUUGGACGCGCUUGACCAAGGAAGCGCAGGAGCUAUUGUGGAGGCUGUGGUCAAUGAGUAA